AUCGCUCUAAGUAGUUUAAAGAACAGUACGAGUUAAGCUAGUGUUGACGACAGUUGUCAUAUUUAGAAAUGUGGUCUCUCGUCAUUGCCAUCUCCUUGCUUGCUCUUCUAGUAAAAUUGGAAGCAUUUGUUCUGCUCGAUGAGAAAAGUCUUCAGGUUGAAGACGCAGACGCAAAGUUGAGUACCGUGGAACUUGCCACGAAGUACGGUUACCGAAUCGCGACACAUCACAUCCAGACCGACGAUGGAUUCCUUCUGGAGUUGCAUCGCAUAACCGGAAGUGGAUCAACGAUGUACGACAAACGGCUUCCGCCGGUGCUGCUGAUGCAUGGAUUGUUCGCUUCCUCGGCUGACUGGGUUCUACUUGGACCGGGGAAUGCACUGGCUUAUCUCCUUAGUGAUAUGGGAUACGAUGUGUGGCUCCCGAAUGUCAGGGGAAAUAGGUACUCACGGAAACACAUCAGCUACACUCCGAAUAUGAAUAAGUUUUGGGAUUUUUCGUGGCACGAAAUCGCAACGUAUGACCUUCCCGCUAUCAUUGACUAUACCUUAAAUGUCACAUCCAAGGAGAAGCUCCACUAUAUAGGUCAUUCCCAAGGCACGACGGUGUUCUUCGUAAUGUGUUCCGAGCGACCGGAGUAUAAUGAGAAAAUUUUGUUGGCUCAGGGACUGGCACCGAUAGCCUUCAUGGAACAUAUGAAUAGUCCUUUGUUGAAAGUUAUGGUUCAAAACCUUGAUGCAAUUUCAACUAUUGCAGAUUUCUUCAGUUUAAAUGAAUUCAAACCCAUUCCAUCAGUGGUCCUCGAAGUAGCAAAGUAUCUCUGCCCGCAAUCAAAACCUGACAACCUGUGCGUGAACAUUCUUUUCCAAAUUACGGGUGCCAAUCCCGAUCAAGUUGAUCCUAAAAUGGUUCAACUUCUUUUGGGGCAUAUCCCAGCAGGAUCAUCCACCAAGCAGAUACUUCACUUUGCACAGGAGGUGCGAUCGGGCCUUUUCCAGCAGUAUGACUACGGAAAGUUGAAGAACAUGUUUGUGUACAAUCAACCGGAACCACCAGUGUACAAUUUGUCUGAGGUUGUGGCGACUGUUAGCCUCCACUAUGGACCCUAUGAUUAUUUGUCUGUCGAGGAGGAUGUUCUGCGGUUAGCGAAGCAGUUGCCCAAUUUGGUUGAACUCAAUCGGAUAGAUAUGGAAUUGUUCAAUCACUUGGAUUUUCUGAUAGCUAAAGAUGUGAAAGAAAUAUUGUAUGAUAAAUUGAUUUCAAAUAUUGAACAAUACAAUUAUUGAAUAGUAAGUUCUUGAUUUACAUUCAAUAUAUCGGGUCGCAAGGGUAUCCAAAAUGUAUGCCUUUUUCGUGUAUUGCA